UCUAACCAGGAGGUGGAUCUGUACCGAGCAAACAUCCAAGAUAAACUGGGCCUGACCAUCUGUUACAGGACUGAUGACGAGGAUGAGGCUGGGAUCUACAUUAGCGAGAUCGAUCCAAACAGCAUCGCUGCAAAGGAUGGUAGAAUUAGAGAAGGGGACAAAAUCAUACAGAUCAAUGGUGUUGAGAUCCAAAACCGAGAGGAUGCGGUGGCGUUGUUGACCACUGAGGGCAACCAGAACAUCUCUCUGUUGGUGGCCCGACCAGAGAUCCAGCUGGACGUGGGCUGGAUGGAUGAUGAUAGGAAUGACUUCCUGGAUGACCUCCACAUGGACAUGCUGGAGCAGCAACACCAUCAGGCCAUGCAGUUCACUGCCAGCGUGCUGGAGCAGAAGAAGCAUGAGGAGGACGGGGGCACCACAGACACAGCUACAUUGCUCUCCAACCACCACGAAAAGGACAGCGGUGUUGGUCGCACAGACGAGAGCACCCGGAACGAUGAGAGCUCUGAGCAAGAGAACCUCGGUGACGAUCAGACGACCACAGCUUCCAACACGCUGGGCAGCUGCAGGAAGCUGACCUAUAGCCAGGACACCCUCGGCAGCACUGACCUGCCCUUCAGUGGUGAGUCGCUCAUCUCUGCAGACUACGCCGAUGCUGACUUCCUGGGCAUCCCAGCCGACGAGUGUGAGCGCUUCCGAAAGCUCCUGGAGCGAAAGUGUCAGAUGAGGAGCGGCGGUGCUCAGGGCCUGUUCAGCCUGGCUGCUGGGGGCACUGAGGGUCAGACAGAGGAGGGCAUAGAUAAGGAGCUGGAGUUGCUCAAUGAGGAGCUGCGCAGCAUCGAGCUGGAGUGCCUGAACAUCGUCCGUGCCCACAAGAUGCAGCAGCUGAGGGAGCAGUGCCGAGAAUCAUGGAUGCUCCACAACAGUGGCUUCCACAACUACAACACCAGCAUAGACGCUCGCCGCCACGAACUGCCGGACAUCACAGAGCUGCCUGAGAAAUCAGACAAGGAUAGCUCGAGUGCCUACAACACCGGCGAGAGCUGCCGCAGCACUCCUCUCACUCUAGAACUGUCUCCGAAUAACUCCCUCCAUCGUGCAGCAGAGAAUCAGGGCGCAGUUGGACUGUCUGGAUCUGGAGUCUCAAAUGGCAAGAUACACAAGCCCCUCUUGUCCCCUGUGCAGGAAGCCGGUGGCCCCAGGCGGUGCAGAGUCUCCUCUAAAGACCUAGACGGAGAGCUACAAGCCGAGAGCAAAGAGAGGAAGCUUGGGGAGGCGAGUAAGGGUGGACGAGGCUUUCAACCACAUUCCCCUUACCAGCACGCUCACAUCCCGGCCCACGCUCAGCACUACCAAAGCUACAUGCAGCUGAUCCAACAGAAAUCUGCAGUGGAAUAUGCCCAGAGUCAGAUGAGUCUGGUCAGCAUGUGCCGCGAUGGAGUCAGCCCCUGUGACCAUGAGCCCAGGAUGGAGUGGAAAGUAAAGAUCCGCAGCGACGGCACGCGGUACAUCACGAAGCGGCCAGUCCGGGACAGGUUGCUGAGGGAGCGUGCCCUCCGUAUCCAUGAAGAGCGCAGCGGCAUGACCACAGACGACGACGCCAUCAGCGAACUAAAGAUGGGCCGCUACUGGAGCAAGGAGGAGCGGAAGCAGCACGCCAUGCGGGCCAAGGAGCAGAAGCAGCGCCGCGAGUUCAUGAAGCAGAGCCGAGUGGACUGUCUGAAGGACCAGAGUGCUCCCGAGGACAAGAAGGAGCCUAACAUCAUCGAACUCAGCCACAAAAAGAUGAUGAAAAAGAGAAAUAAGAAAAUUUUUGACAACUGGAUGACCAUCCAGGAACUGCUGACCCACGGCACCAAGUCACCUGAUGGGACUAGGGUUUAUAACUCACUUCUGUCUGUGACUACAGUGUGAGUCGGUACUGGCUUGGACAGAGAGAGAAAUCAGAAAAGCCUUUUAGUUCCUACAUUUUCAUUGGAGAGUUCCAUUAAGAAAUGGCUGGGUUUCACUGAAUGGGACUUUGCAACUGUAAAGCAAUGAUGUAACCUUUUCUACUUUUCAGCUCUUUUGGAUAUUUUUUGGAAACUGCAAUAUUUGACUCUUUUUGGAAGGUUUUGAAAGGGUGUAAAAAAUGUGAGCCAUACUUUACCAGCCAGCAUUUACCAGCCAGCAUUUAAUUUGUAUAAAAUGUGUGGGGUUUUUUGUUUUAAUUUUUCCCAAAAGAUGCUGAUUUCCCAAAGUUAAAGACCACCGGCGAUGUACCAUCUAUUCCAACAUGAAGAGAACGUUGAUACUGAUGUGUGUAUGUACAAUAACCUUUAGAGUAAGAUGUGGAGUAAGCGUUUUAUUUUGUGCACACAUAGAGAUGCUCUUGCUUUUGUAGAAUUUUAUGUAUCGGGAAGAGAAACCAGCUUAACAAAUCCCUAGUUAGCCUCACAAUUUGAGUCCAAUGAGUACAAUGAGAGAUAAUAAAUUAUUGUUUUAUAUAUGAUGAACAUUGAAAUAUUUUUGGAGUUUCAUUUUUGAGAAAUACUGAGGACCUAAACUAGUAAAAGCAGAUCAG